AUGUUGACCAGCAUCACCGAGGGGCUGCUUUGUUGCCUGAUGGGCAAAACGUCCAAUGCGGUGGGGCCUCUGGAAAGCGUCGAGACGAGCGAUGGCUACAGCUUUGUCGAAGUGAAGCCCGGCCGGGUCCUGCGCGUGAAGCACAUAGCUCCCGCCCGCCCGCCGGGGACCGAGGAACUCCCAAAGGAAUCCGGAGCGGUGCACUGCAAACGGCGAAUCACGGUCUACCGCAACGGGCAGAUGGUCAUCGAGAACCUGGGCGACACAGUCCGCUCGGACCUCCUCCACUGCCAGAACGGCUCUGAGCCCAACAGCACUGUGGAAGUGGAUGUCUCGGACCCAAACACCCCAGCCCCACCCUCGGCCAACCCCUCCGCCACGGCAAUCAAGCGCCGCCGGCGCAAGCCGAAGAAGACGAUCAACAUUGACUGCUCCAAGUACAUUACCAGUUGCAAAGGGACCCACGCCGACGUGGCCCUCUUUUUCAUCCACGGCGUGGGAGGCUCCCUGGACAUCUGGAAGGAGCAGCUGGACUUCUUCUCCAAGCUGGGGUACGAGGUCGUGGCGCCCGAUCUUGCUGGCCACGGCUCCAGCUCGGCCCCCCAGAUUGCCGCCGCCUACACUUUCUACGCCCUGGCGGAAGACUUGCGCAGCGUGUUCAAGCGCUACGCCAAGAAGAGAAACAUCCUCAUUGGACACUCGUAUGGGGUCUCCUUUUGCACCUUCCUGGCCCACGAGUACCCCGACCUGGUUCACAAGGUCAUCAUGAUCAACGGUGGGGGGCCGACGGCUUUGGAGCCCAGCCUCUGCUCCAUCUUCAACAUGCCAACCUGCAUCCUCCGCUGCCUCACGCCGUGUCUGGCCUGGAGCUUUCUCAAGGCCGGCUUUGCCCGCCAAGGCGCCAAGGAGAAGCAGCUGCUGAAGGAAGGGAAUGCCUUCAACGUCUCGUCCUUCGUCCUGAGAGCCAUGAUGAGCGGGCAGUACUGGCCCGAGGGAGAUGAGGUCUACCACGCCGAGCUAACCGUGCCGGUGCUGCUGGUGCACGGCAUGCACGAUAAGUUCGUCCCCAUUGAGGAGGAUCAGCGGAUGGCCGAGAUCCUCUUAAUUGCGUUCCUGAAGGUGAUCGAGGAGGGCAGCCACAUGGUCAUGAUGGAAUGUCCAGAGACGGUCAACACGCUCUUGCACGAAUUCCUACUCUGGGAGCCAGAACCGAUUCCGGCAGAGGACGGGCAAAAAACGGCGGAGAAAUAA